AUGCCGAAAACUUCUUCACGAAGUAUUUCACGAUUGUUACGCUAUUCGCGCAAUGGACUUAAGCUUACAGCUGUGCCGUGUACUGCAGUUCCGGUCUCAUUUAUACGUGCAGCAUCGACAUCGCGACUUGCAUCUUUGUUCGGUGUUUCCAACCAUUACAUAAACCGUUUUCAUCGGGUUCAAGAUAGCAACAAGAAGCUAUAUCGAUUAUAUUCUAGUGGUCUUCCGGAACAUAGACUCAUUCAAAUGCCGGCUCUUUCACCAACAAUGGAACAUGGUACUAUUGUCAAGUGGCAUAUAAAGGAAGGUGAUGAGGUCGAGGAAGGCGAUUUGAUAUGUGAAAUUGAGACUGAUAAAUCGGUAAUGGCGUUUGAAGCAUCCGAGGAAGGUGUCUUGGCUAAAAUUUUGGUACCUGAUGGUACUAAGAAUAUUAAACUUGGGAAGCCAAUUUGCGUCUUUGUUGAUAAGAAGGAAGAUUGUGCAGCGUUUGCUAACUUCAAAGUUGAUGGAUCCCAAUAUGAAACAGUAUUUGCAACUUCAGCAACAUCUAAAGCUGUUAGAACGAUUUUAUCGGCUGGAAACUAUUCAUUGUCUCUUACGGGUUCUUCUCGAACAAUGAAAUCGGAAAGUAACCGUGCCGUCGCUAUCCCAUAUGUUCGGAAAUUAACUACUGGCUUGAGUAUCGACUUGUCGGAAAUUAAAGUUGCUGGUCCAGAUAGACAUACCAUUGUAACCAAUGUGAAAAAUGCUAAGGUAAGGGGAACUGCUCCUGUUUUUGCCACUGAUAAUGUGGUACUGGUUGAAAAAAGUUCUGGACAAGACAAUACAAAAAGAGUUGAGUCUGGUGGUCCGAAAUACAAAGAUAUACCACUUACGAAUAUGAGGGAAACUAUUGCUAAACGUUUAUCAUUCAGUAAACAAAGUAUACCACAUUAUUAUCUUACUUCUGAAAUUGAAAUGGACGAAUUGUUGAAGGUACGAGCGAAUUUAAAUGCUGACCUGAAAGAUCAAGGUAUAAAAGUAUCCAUAAAUGAUUUAGUCGUUAAAGCAUGUUCGUUAGCCUGCGUGGAUGUACCCGAAGUUAACAGUUUCUUUUUGGAGAAAGAGAAAGUUAUCCGUCAAAAUUUAACCAUCGAUAUUUCUGUUGCUGUGAAGACAGAAGCAGGCCUUAUAACACCCAUUGUUUACAAUGCUGACGUUAAAGAUUUGGCGGAAAUUAGUGUUGAAAUUAAACAAUUAGUGGAUAAGGCGAAUAAAAAUAAACUGAAACCAAAUGAGUAUAUGGGUGGUACAUUUACGGUAUCAAAUUUAGGAAUGUUUGGUAGCAUUCGUCAUUUUACAGCAAUUAUCAAUCCACCGCAGUCAUGCAUUUUGGCUGUCGGUGGUUCAGAGCGCAAGGUUGUUCCUGAUGAUGAUAAAAAUGGGGUUAAAAUCAUAACAACAAUGUUCGUAACGAUGUCUUGUGAUCAUCGUGUUGUUGAUGGUGCUGUUGGUGCAGUCUGGCUAAAACAUUUUAAGGAAUACAUGGAAAAACCAGGAACACUAUUGUAA